UGGCCGGAUGCACGGAGCUGACACCUUUCCCGGGCGCCUCUUGUGUGUUCUGCCUUCCCUCGAGUCCCCGUUGCCACCCCUGUCUCCCUAACUCCCUGAACACACCUUCCUCUCCUCCCUCUCUCCUAAGGUGCCUACUCCCGCAAUUGCAGAGCGCCCAUCUUCUCAGCCCCGGCAAAACCCGGAGAGGCGGAAUCCCUCCCCGGAGCGCCCCAGCGGCCACUGGGCAUGCUCCGUUGUCAAGCAGGUUCGCAGCUGCGAGCAGCUUUGGAGCCUCACGGAUUCCUCCAGCCGCCUCCUCCCGAGCAGGGAGCGGGCGCAUGAUGGCGGCGGCGGCCGGGAGCGCCAGCGGCGGCAGCAGCGGCGGUGCGGGCAGCAGCAGCAGCGACACGUCCAGCACCGGCGAGGAGGAGCGGAUGCGGCGCCUCUUCCAGACGUGCGAUGGCGACGGGGACGGAUACAUUAGCAGGUACUCGGGGAGGAAUGACUUGUUGAUGGUCUGUCGCCAACUGAAUAUGGAAGAGUCUGUGGCUGAGAUCAUGAACCAACUGGGUGCAGAUGAAAAUGGGAAGAUUUCCUUUCAAGAUUUUAUAAGAUGCCGCAUGCAGCUUGUUCGAGAAAUUAGGAAGGAGGAGGUGGGCCUUUCUGAGAAGUCAGACAACUCCUGUAAAAAGAAGAAACUGAGGGAUAGAAUUGCAUCCUGGCCCACAAGCAGUGACAACAGUUUUGGAGCCGUAUCAGCAGCCAGGGAGAGCUGGGAAUACGACUCGGGUGCCAGGGACCUCCACAGCCCAGACCUCCAGAGUAAGUCGGCUCUGCAGAAGCUUCUUGAGUAUGGCGGGAGCUCUUCGCACCAGCAGGCUGCUGCCCUCCACAAACUGCUCACACAGGCCCCUCGUUUCGGCAGCUCUGUGGGAGGAAGCUAUCUAGAACUGGCCAACACGCUCCAUUUGGCAGCCCUGGCAUCGCUAAAAGGAGACAUAGCAGAGCUUAAUAAACGCCUGCAGCAAACGGAACGGGAACGGGACCUUCUGGAAAAGAAGUUGGCCAAGGCACAGUGUGAACAGUCCCAUCUCAUGAGAGAGCAUGAGGAUGUCCAGGAGCGGACGACACUUCGAUACGAGGAGCGCAUCACAGAGCUCCACAGCAUCAUCGCUGAGCUCAAUAAGAAGAUAGACCGUUUGCAAGGCACCACCAUCAGGGAAGAAGAUGAGUACUCAGAGCUGCGAUCAGAACUCAGCCAGAGCCAGCAAGAGGUCAACGAGGACUCUCGAAGCAUGGACCAAGACCAGACCUCUGUCUCCAUCCCUGAAAACCAGUCCACCAUGGUCACUGCUGACAUGGAUAACUGCAGCGACCUGAACUCGGAGCUGCAGCGCGUGCUGACGGGGCUGGAGAACGUCGUCUGCUGCAGGAAGAAGAGCAGCUGCAGCCUGUCUGUGGCCGAAGUGGACAGGCACAUCGAGCAGCUCACCACAGCCAGUGAGCACUGCGACUUAGCCAUUAAGACCGUUGAGGAGAUUGAGGGGGUACUCGGCCGGGAUCUGUAUCCCAACCUGGCUGAGGAGCGGUCUCGUUGGGAGAAGGAGCUGGCUGGGCUGAGGGAAGAGAAUGAGAGCCUGACCGCCAUGCUGUGCAGCAAAGAGGAGGAGCUGAACCGGACUAAGGCCACCAUGAACGCCAUCCGGGAGGAGCGGGACCGGCUCCGGAGGAGGGUGCGAGAGCUUCAAACUCGACUACAGAGCGUGCAGGCCACAGGGCCCUCCAGCCCUGGCCGCCUCACUUCCACCAACCGCCCGGUCAACCCCAGCACCGGGGAGCUGAGCACGAGCAGCAGCAGCAAUGACAUUCCCAUCGCCAAGAUUGCCGAGAGGGUGAAGCUGUCAAAGACCAGGUCUGAAUCUUCAUCAUCCGAUCGACCAAUCUUGGGCUCAGAAAUCAGCAGCAUCGGGGUAUCCAGCAGCGUGGCAGAACACCUGGCUCACUCUCUUCAGGACUGCUCCAACAUCCAGGAGAUCUUCCAGACGCUCUACUCACACGGGUCUGCCAUCUCCGAAAGCAAAAUCAGAGAGUUCGAGGUGGAAACAGAACGCUUGAAUAGCCGUAUUGAACACCUCAAAUCCCAAAAUGACCUCCUGACAAUAACCCUGGAAGAAUGCAAAAGCAACGCCGAGCGGAUGAGCAUGCUGGUGGGCAAAUACGAAUCCAAUGCCACAGCGCUGAGGCUGGCCCUGCAGUACAGCGAGCAGUGCAUAGAAGCCUACGAGCUCCUCCUGGCCCUGGCUGAGAGCGAGCAGAGCCUCAUCCUGGGGCAGUUCCGGGCGGCCGGCGUGGGGUCCUCCCCGGGAGACCAGUCAGGGGAUGAAAACAUCACUCAGAUGCUCAAGCGUGCGCACGACUGCCGGAAGACGGCUGAGAAUGCAGCCAAGGCCCUGCUCCUGAAGCUGGACGGCAGCUGCGGGGGCGCCUUUGCCGUGGCCGGCUGCAGCGUGCAGCCCUGGGAGAGCCUGUCCUCCAACAGCCACACCAGCACGACCAGCUCCACAGCCAGCAGCUGCGACACGGAGUUCACGAAGGAAGACGAGCAGAGGCUGAAGGACUAUAUCCAGCAGCUCAAGAACGACAGGGCCGCGGUCAAGCUGACCAUGCUGGAGCUGGAGAGCAUCCACAUCGACCCUCUCAGCUACGACGUCAAGCCCCGAGGAGACAGCCAGCGGCUGGACCUCGAAAACGCCGUGCUGAUGCAGGAGCUGAUGGCCAUGAAGGAGGAGAUGGCUGAGCUGAAGGCCCAGCUCUACCUACUGGAGAAAGAGAAGAAGGCCCUGGAGCUGAAGCUGAGCACCCGGGAGGCCCAGGAGCAGGCCUACCUGGUGCACAUUGAGCACCUGAAGUCCGAGGUGGAGGAGCACAAGGAGCAGCGCAUGCGGUCCCUCAGCUCCACCAGCAGCGGCGGCAAAGACAAGUCCGGCAAGGACUGUGCUGAUACUGCCUCCCCGGCUCUGUCCCUGGCAGAACUGAGGACCACACACAGCGACAGUGAGCUGGCUGCAGAGUUUGCCAACGCCAUCCGUCGAGAAAAGAAGUUAAAAGCCAGGGUUCAAGAGCUGGUGAGUGCCUUGGAACGACUCACCAAGAGCAGUGAAAUCCGACACCAGCAAUCAGCAGAGUUUGUUAACGACCUAAAGAGAGCCAACAGCAACCUGGUGGCCGCCUAUGAGAAAGCAAAGAAGAAGCAUCAAAACAAACUGAAGAAGCUGGAGUCUCAGAUGAUGGCCAUGGUGGAGAGACACGAGACCCAAGUGAGGAUGCUCAAGCAGAGAAUAGCUCUGCUGGAGGAGGAGAACUCGAGGCCACACACCAACGAAACUUCACUCUAGUCAGCACUCGGGCCCCCAAGUUCUGCCCGUGGAAGCUCAGCCGUAGCGGGUCUCGGAAGAGAGAAGGGCCCUGGGGACAGAGUACCUGCUGGGAGAAUUAAGGAAGGUUGGCUGGUAGGUCAGCGCUGUGGACUAGCCCUGGGGGUGAGCGUCCCCGGUGACGCCGUGCGGACUGUGUCCCGCAGACCCACGGACAGCAUGUAAAUACCUGCUCUAUUCGCGUGCUCAGCAGGCCUGGCUUCUGCUUCCAGCGCUGGCUUUGUCCCCCUCCCACCUUUUCUGCUUUGGAAGUGGUACAUCAGCAGUGUCCCAGGCAUUUGUUUGAUAGGAUUUUCCACUCUUUUCCUCCAUUUGGUAGAUAGUGACCUUAUCUCUGGUGUCCCCAGUUUCUCCUCUGUCCUCCUUGGGAGGGAAAACUGACACACACGGGUGUGUGUCUCCGUAUCUACAUUUGCUCACCGUAAGGCAGCUUUGGUGUUUAAGUCCCACCUACCAACUCUGAGACACAGGCUGUCACACAGCAGGUGGUACAAAGGUGUCACAGUCCUAGAUAGGAAGUUACAGGGCAAGCAAGCCCCGGGCUGUGCCUGAACAGCUGUGUGUGUGGGAAUGAGCCUGCCGUCAGCUCCCACUGUGGAGGCAGGGCCCAGGAGAGUGCCCCGCCUGAUGGGGCCUUAUCAACAGCCAAGGCUAGGAGCUGGGCUGAUGUAGGUAUUGGAACUAAAAUUUUAUCUGGAAUUUCUUCAAGGACAGAGGAGCAUUUUUAGUACUUCCCCACCCUGGGCACUCUAUAAUUGCUGUUUGCGUGAACCAGAGUUCACCCACAGGAGUAUAUAUGUAGCUCUGGAAAUGCCUCUGUUUCUGUAAGGACAAGAAGCAGGACACUGAGUAGUUACUAUUUUGCAGGCUGAUCCCAUCUAUUUGAGAUUGCUACUGAAUCACCAGUUCAAGACUUCACUCCUGCUGUGAUGAAGGGUAGAGGGUGAGGAAAUGGUCCUCAAGGUCUCCUUUUCUCCCCCAGACUUGGUGAUCAUGAGCAUAUGGUGCUUAAACAGGUUAAAUUUCAAGCAAAAUGUUGACAGGACUGGGUAGGACCAAAGUACCUGAAUUCUUUCAGGAAGGGCUUCUAUCUCAGACUCAUUAUUCCUCUUCCACUGUUUCAGUCUUUCUUCAGUAGUUGCCCUACCCUGAGACAUCUUAAAGGACCACUUGCCAUUUACUCUGUGGCGCCUGGAAAUCCACCCAAGUGCCCCAUGAGAAAUACGUCCCAAUGCAAUGCCACAAUUCACAAAGUUUUGCUUAUGACCACGUCAUCGUGUCAGUGUCCCCAUGUCCACAGCUAAAGGCCUGCUUUCAGAGAGCAUGAAUCCUAUUCCUCAGCCUUUUGCACUCUGGUGGAGGGCACUUGAGCUACCGCCUCGGAGGGCAGAGUCUCAUCCCCAAAGCAGUCAACUUUCUCAGGUAGGCAGUGAGGCUGCCAGAUCUUCAGUCACCUGGUGUCAGUCUGCAGGGGCCAGCUCUCAGGUGCUCUGAUCACUGAGAAGGUGCCCACUGGUCCCUGUGUCUGUUAUGAAUCUUUCAUUCAGUCAGAGUUGGUUCUUGUUUGUGAUUUCUUAAAAUCAAUUUUUACUCUUUGGGUAAAAUUUCAUUUUGUCACAAGGAAAAUGUUUUGGCUGAAAAGUAUGUCCAAAAAUGGUUUAAUAGAAAAAAAUCAGUUUUCCCAGCUUGCCUAGGGAAAUGUCCUCCUCCAAGCUAACUGGGAUGUGCGUGCAAGGUGGGAAGGCAGCCAUGGCCUUCGCUCUUGCAAAUGGAAAGUGUAGCAGAUGCAGGAUUCAAGGCCUGCCAUGCCUGCCCCUAGUGAGAACCGAGAGCCCACCCUUGUAGGGUCCUGAAGCCCCUCCGGACCGAGGCUCCGCUCUUCCAUUAGGAGCCCCUGUAUUACGAAAGCUGCCUAGCCUCAUUUUGAGUUUAUAUGUCAACAUAAUACUUUUUAAAUAUGUGGUGAUCGGGGUAAAACUGUUACUUUUAUAAAUGUGCAGAAUAAAAAAGCUAUUAUUAAAUA